CUUCAGUCGGAAAUAUACUCAAGAUACUGCUGGCAAAGUUGUUUAUAGAAUGAGUGAACCCCCUUUGAAAAAGAAAAGAACCCUAUUAGAUUUUUUUAGAAAGAAAACCAAAUCAAAUAAUGAUGAACCAGUAAAAGACAAAAAGGUGGAAAUUAUUGAUGUAGAAAUGGCUGAAUCUAAACCUGGAAAAAGCUCAAAACCAGCAGUAAAUCCUGUGAAAAAAGUUUUAAAUGACAUUUCUACACAAGGGCUUGGUGCAUCAUUUGAUGGGAAAGGAGCUCAAGCAGCCAAAACUUUUACCGAAAAAACAGACAAGAUUUUGAAGUCAAGUUUUGGAGACACUUUCAAAUAUGAUGAAACAAUGGAAUACAAUAUGGAUUCUGAUGUAGCAGACUCUCAAGGUUCUCAAGAUGGAGAUAGUGUAAAACCAGACAUACCAACCAAGAAACCAAGUCAGAGAAAAGCUAAUUCUGAUUGGAAGGGAAAACCUUUAAAUAGACUGAAUAAAAUACCUGACUGCAUGGAAAAAUUACCAGCUUUGCAUUCAACAGAAAAUCAUACAGUUCUUAUUAAAGUUCCGUAUAAGUAUGAUCCAAAGACACCACCAACGCCUCAUCCUGCACAGUAUAAAGACGGUUGGAAUAAUGACCAUGUGAAAAUGCCAUGUUCUCCACAGAAUGAAUAUCCUUUCCAAGGCAAGAAUAAUAAACAGAUAUUGAGGAAGAGGUGGGAGAUUAUAGAAGAGGCACUUCUAAGUAAAAUACCAGGUCCAUAUGAGUUAGAGGACAUAAUACUGAAAUACAAUUCACGGUAUUUUGGCAAGUGGAAUUUUGAGACAUUGAAGUGUCUUUUUACAGAGGACCUUACACAAAGUGAAAGAAAUCAUUUUUUCGGUGAAGUUCUACCAAAAAUUGCAAAGUUAGCACUCAAUUUGCCUCAUUUAUGUACUCAGCCCAUUCCAUUAUUGAAGAAAGGGAAGACAAGGAGUAUAACACUAAGCCAACAGCAGAUAGCCUGUUUAUUAGCUAAUGCCUUCUUUUGUACAUAUCCACGUAGAAAUGCUAAAGGGAAAAGUUCAGAAUUCUUUAAUUAUCCGAGUAUUAAUUUUAAUAGUUUAUAUGAUGGAACGCCCAAUUGUGUAAAAUUGGAAAAAUUAAAAUGUAUCAUUCAGUACUUUUCAAGAGUCACCAAAAAGAUGCCUACAGGACUUGUCACAUUUACCCGCCAACAUGUAGGUCUUAUUGAUUUCCCUAAAUGGGACAACUUAGAUACAACACUGAGAGACUUACAUGUAUCUGCUGAAGGCACCAUAGAAGAUGAUGGGGAAGGACUUUUACAGGUUGAUUUUGCCAACAAAUAUUUAGGAGGUGGAGUUUUAACCCAUGGUUGUGUUCAAGAAGAAAUAAGAUUUUUAAUUUGUCCUGAAAUGAUCAUAUCACGGCUGUUCACAGAAGGUCUUGAAAAAAAUGAAAGUUUGAUAAUGAAAGGUUGUGAAAGGUUUAGUUCAUAUGAUGGAUAUGCUAGAACUUUUGAAUGGAAAGGAGACUAUGAUGACUCUAAAACUCCAAGAGAUGAUUGGGGAAGAUUGUGUACCCAUGUGACUGCCAUUGAUGCCUUGGUUAUCCACCAUUAUGAUAGACAGUUUAAAGGUGAUAUAGUAAAAAGAGAAUUAAAUAAGGCCUACUGUGGAUUUGUGUCACUUGGAGGAGCAAAGAAUCCCCCUCAUGAAAUAAAUUUAUCUGCGGUCUGUACUGGUAAUUGGGGUUGUGGUGCUUUUGGUGGAGAUAAAAGAUUAAAAGCAUUAAUCCAAUUAAUGGCAGCUACAGCAGCUAAGAGGGAUGUAUGCUAUUAUACUUUUGAUGAUGAAAGACUAAAGAAUGAUAUAUUCAAUAUACACCAAUAUCUUACUGUCACAAAUCCUUUAGGUAUAGGUACCAUUUUGAAUUUGAUAGAAAGGUAUGAAGGAGUGUUAAGAAAGUCACGGAGGAAACCAAAUAUGAACUUAUUUGAAUAUAUUGUCAAAGUUUUUGAUGGAUCUCUAGAAAACACUGAUAGUGAACCUGACUCUCCUGCUAUUGAGAGAGAAAUGUCACGGGAAAUGUUGUACAGUAAGGAAUCUUGCAUGGGUGAAGAAGCUGUUUCAAAGAACUCAGUGAAGCGACAGUUAUCUGAAGAUUACAAAGCUACCACACCUUAGGUAAAGGAAAAAGAAGACAUAUAUGAACAAAUCAUUAGGCUUCUAAGUUUGCAACAUAUGAGCUGCUUGAAUAUAUUAUAAAACCAUUUUGACAUUCAGUUUGGGAUACUCAGAAGAAAAGCUGCACAUAAGAGAUGAUGCUUUGGUAUUAAAAUUGUUCAAAGGAAACAAUAUAAGAAACUGGAGAAGUUUUUAGAAAUCCCUUACAAUCUGAUGUUCUGUCAUGUCAUUUCUUAUAAUUCUAAUCAAGACAAAAACUUUUUUAAUUAGUUAUGCCCCCUCCGUAGCGGAGGGGGCAUUAAGUUUUACCCUUGACCGUCUGUACGUCCUUUCGUCCCAAAAUUGAUUUCCGUUCACUAACUUUAGUUUGCCUCAAUCAAAUGUUAUAAAACUUAUCCACAAUGCUUAUUACCACAAAAGACAGAUCGAGUAUGCAUUUUGGUGGCAUCACUUUUACCGUUCGAGAGUUAUGCCCCUUUACAAAUGGAAAAAUUGCUGAAUUUUUCCUUUCCCUUCUCUAACUUUAGUUUGCCUCAACCAAAUGUUAUGAAACUUAUCAACAAUGUUUAUUACCACAAAAAACAGAUCAAGUUUGAAUUUUGGUGGUGUCACUUUCACCGUUCUAAAGUUAUGCCCCUUUACAAAUGGAAAAAUCGCUGAAUUUUUCUUUUCUGUUCUCUAAUUUAAGUUUACGUCAACUAAAUGUUAUGAAACUUAUAAACAAUGCUUAUUACCACAAAACUCAGAUCAAGUUCAAAUUUGGGUAGUGUCACUUUUACGGUUCUUGAGUUAUGGCCCUUUAUAACGUUAUAUGCAAGCGGGGGCAUCAUCUGUGUCCCAUGGACACAUUCCCCAUUUAUUGUUGAAUUAUUUAGUCAAGAAAUUUUAUGAUGAUUAUCUAACAAAGCUGAAAAAUGAUAUUAUGUUAGAUUGGUUCAUGGUUUUUAUUGAUAUAAACUUAAAAGAUGGAAAACAAUUGAACAAGAAUGUUCUUUGAUCCUAUUGUAGAAGUAAAGACUAAUUUUCAUGUUAAGUUAAUGUCUUUUUUCCAUCCUUGUCAACUGAUAAAUUUAUUGUCAAGUUCAUUUAUGUAUGAACACUCUUUGUUAUUAGGUUACAUAUAGACUAUUUAACUGGUUCAUAGAUACUUGAUUUUAAUCAACAUAGUGGAUUGGAUAAAUAAAAGGAUUUUGUCUUUGCAUCAGUCUAUCUGCUUUCUUUUUGUUUAUGUGAGAAGUUAAGUGAAAAUGAUUUGAUUCAAUUUUUUAAAACUACUCUUUAUCUCUUCAUAUUGGUUUAAUCUGGUUCUAGAACUUUGGUGUUGUUGGAGCAUUCCAGAAAUAUCUAUAGAUAUUGUAUGAGGCAGGGGCCAGUGUUAAGAUUAUUUUCAGUCAUUACGAUCAGUAAUUCUUAUGUAAUUUUCUUGCAAUGAAAUAAUGCAAUAUAUUAUAUAAAAAAAACCAUUUGAUAAGUACUGCUAUAAUUGCUUGUAGCUGAUCAUCUCUUUAUUUAAUUUUGAUAUGGCAGCUAUUAACUUACUAUCAGUUUAUAUAAUUGAUAACUAUCUUUUUUUGUUAUAAGUGGUACUAGUUAUCUAUUUGCAAUUUGAAUGGAGAAGAUAUUGUAUGAUUUGGGGCUUUUUUGCACUGUUAAUUUCACUGAAAAUAAAACAUAUGAGACCAUUACUUAUCACAUUUUUGAAGAAGAAAGACUUUAAAAAAAAAUUGAAUAUAUACCAAGCCUUUGAUGACACAAUUUGCCUGUCACAUCAUAAAAGUGACUUUAUAAGCAAAAUUUUCAGUUUUUUGCAAAAAAUACAAACAAAAUUUUACAAACAUUUUGGCUAAAUUAAUAUAAAACAUAUGGUUAAGUAUUGUGAAAAUAUGUGUAUAAAUGUGCCUUCUACAGUUCCCCAUAUGAUAGAAUAUGAAGCAUUCUUGGUUAUGUAUUCAAAAGCUUUCAUUAAAAUGUUGUGAUUGGCUAACAACAUCCAAAUCAAUGGAUAUUCAACCAAUGAUGUGAUGUUAUUUUUAUUUUGGUGCACUUACAAUGAAAUUACCCAUAAUCCUUUAGAUUCUGAAAAGACAUAUUUGAUGAUGGAAAAGUAAAAUUGUCAGAUCUGAUGAAUGUUUAAAAAAAAUACCAUAGACUGAAUUCCCCUUUUCAAUUUGAAGAGUUUUAUAAAUGAGCUUUAUAUGGCAAUGAAAAUUUUUCAUUUUUUGAAAUGAAUAAUUUUAAAACAACAUUAAAAAUGACUUGAUGACAAACUGUUUUAUAAUUUUAAUUGUAAAUAUUUAUUUGUAGAUAAUAUUUUUGUUUGUAAUUUUAAUUUAUUAUACUACACUGUAGAAGGUCAGUGCUGUGAAAAUGUUGAUAUGGUUGUGUCAAGAAACUUAUUGGUUAUCAUGAUCAAGAUAUAUAUAUUAAGAUAAGUUUUCUUACUGUAUUAGUGUGCAUAAAAUGUUAUUCAUGAUGAAAUGAAUGAAAAGAAAUGUCAUUAUUUUAUAUUCUAUAAAAGGUUUUUUUAUUUGUGGAUGCCAAGUUUCAUAGUUUAUUGAACAUCACUAUUGUUUCAUUGGUUCCUUGUCAAAUUGACAUAAAAUACUUCAAUAGUCCCUGUUUUGUGGAAAAUUUGAUCAACUAAGAAAAUAAUUAAGAUGGGUUCCCUAGGAAUAUGAUAUAAUAUGUCCCACUGUAAUUAUUGUGUCUCAUGACAGUUGAUGUUUAGGGAUACAGAGGAAUAAAUCAAAGUGCUUUGUCUUAGUGUCUGUCCUGUCUGUCUGUAAUUACUUCUGCUGUCUCGCAUCAUCUUUGUCUUCCGUGUCACACUGUUAGUUUUUCUGCAUCUCUGUAACAGAAUUCCACUAAACAUGCAUAGAUUUGUGUAAUUAAGUAUUGAAUCCUUUGUAUGUUUUUAUAUCUAUGGGAUAUUGUUAAGGUAGUUUGAGAGUCUUCCGCCAUCUUGGAUUGUAAAAUAGAAGAACACAAUCGGUUUAGAUCUUUAAUUAAAAGUGCAAAUUUUGUGAGACGAAUGCAAUUCUUUUGUUAGUCUUUUCAUCUUAAUGAAGAAAAAUAUGUGUUUUAUUAUAUUUUCUCAACAGUUUUUUACAAAUACAAAGUAUUUUUUGUUUUUGAUUCAAUUUGUUACAACUUUGUCAUAUAAGGGGAGAUAACUCUGAUAAUGUACUUUUUUAUAAAGUAAUAUAUUAUGAAUUUAGGUAUUUUGUUUUGUAUCGAGAAAAACAAGUGCCAUGACCCCAAUUUUUCUUUUUAUUUUCUGAAAGCACAUUAUAAGAGCUAUCUUCUCAUAAAUUUAAUUUAAAAAUUUGAUUGUUUAGUUUUCUUUUUAUCGCAAAAGAUUAGGUUUUCCAUGUAUAAUCUAUACAAAAUCUGACAAUUUUGCACAACCUGUAGCUUGAUAAAAAGCCCUGUGACCCAUACUUUUUAUUUUGUUUUUGAAAAAAGAUUACUUCAAACUGCAUUUUUACAAAUAAUUAGAAAAUUCUAUCGAUUUUAAUUUAUACCCCCAUCUACCUUAAGAGUAUAUUUAAUCUAAUUUUUAGUAUUGACUGAGAUAUAAUAAGUAGUAUGUAUGCACUAAGGUGUAAAUUAAUUCAUUUGACUGAAAGAUGUACAAUCAACACUUGUAAGUUUUUUCAAAGAAAUGCAAUACAGACAUAUGUAAUAGUGCUAAAUCUUACAAUAAAUCAACCUGUUCAAUGA